AAGUACUUCAUCCUGGUGCCACGUCAGAGCUGAGAAGCUCCUCUUCAGUGCUGCUCCUGUCUGUGCUGCUUCUGGUUGCUCUCAUCAUGGUUUACCUGGGACUCAGCUGUUUUCUGCUGCAUGUGUUCGUGGUGUUUGGGACGGAGAUCACGUUCGAGCUCCCUGACAACGAUAAGCAAUGUUUCUACGAGGAACUAGAGAAAGACGUGAAGUUUGAUAUAGACUUCCAAGUCAUUGCAGGAGGCAACUAUGAUGUGGACAGCUUUGUCACGGAUCCUCAGAACAAUGUCCUGUACAAUGAGCAGAAGAAGCAGUAUGACAGCUUCUCUCACACCACUGCUAUGAAGGGAGUCUACAAGGUCUGCUUCAGCAAUGAGUUCUCCACCUUUACGGAUAAAACCGUGUACCUGGACUUCCGCCAUGGAGACGAGGAGCCUAUCAUUCAGACCAUGACUGGACCUGUAGCACUGACUCAGAUGGAGUCGUCCUGCGUGUCUAUUCAUGAGAUCCUGAAGGUGGUGGCUGACUCGCAGACGUGGUACAGACUAAGAGAAGCACACGACCGCACGAAAGCUGAGCACCUCCUGGAGCGGGUCACCUACUGGUCCAUCGGAGAAACCGUCCUGCUGUUCGUUAUCGGCAUCGGUCAAGUCAUGAUGCUUAGGAGCUUCUUCAGCGAGAAGAAAGGCUCAGUGGCGGCCACAACUUAAAACUCUUUUCUCCUGAUGUGCCCUGAGAAACACGGGUGGAACCUCAUCGAUGUGAACCUGAAUGCUUCAUGAGAUUAGCACACAUCUUGUGGUAUUUCCAGCAAACCUUUUUGUUAAAUAGAUAGUUUGGGAAGUCUUUAUUUGUUGAAGAAACAGCACUCUCACUUGAAGCAGAUUACCUCCUCCUCCAAGAAGUUGAUGUUUACAGUUUAUAACUUUGUCAGCAGGUUUAUAGGAGUACUUGCUCCAUUUUACCUUACAUUUGGUGAGAAGUUGUGCCAAGGAAAAACACAUUUAAUUUUCCAGCUGAUCUGAUGUACACAUUAUUUUACACUCACGUAAACAGCCUUGGUGGAGGUCGGCUCUCUCUGAGUGCCCUUCUAGUUUAUUAUAUUUGCAUGGUGCAAAAUAAAGCAAAUAAGUUUGAUUCAUCUGUCAAUGAACCGGAUUGCUUUUACAGUAUAGGACCCUCAUGGGGGGCAUCAUCAGAAUAUCUAGUACGUUGUGGCACAUUGGUUAUUUCUGAAUGUUAGUUGUUCUUGUUUUCUAAUGUUGAUUUAUGUUUGUUGUUAACUUAAUUUAUGUGCGAAAAGGAUUGUUUUAAUGAGGUGUAAGAGCUCUUUUCUCCCUCAUGUCCUUCUGUGUCUCAUACAAAAGUGCCUUUUAAAAAAAAUCUUUCUUUUCUCAUUUCCUACCAAAUUUAAAGUUUUCUGUUUUAAAUGUGUCGAUGUAUGGUUGCGUCUUCUUGUUACUGAUUGAUUGGAUUUUCAGUUACUUAUUUUAUUACAUGUGGGUGUGAUUAUAAGUCCAUCUUUUUUCUUAAAGAUACAUGUUGGACAUUGCGAAGUGACCAAUCAGUAAGGCUUUCACUGCAGUUCUGUGUUUAUCUCUUAUUGUCCAAACAACCUGUCAACAGAUUUGAAUAAAACCUGGUGGAAAGUA